AUGGCCACCGCCGCCGCGUCUAGCCUCCUCAAGUCCUCCUUCGCGGGCUCCCGGCUCCCGGCCGCCACGCGGACCACACCGGCGUCCCUCGUGGUGGCCACCGGCCCGCGCGGCGCCGGCGCGGGGCCCAUCUGCGCGUCCAUGUCCAUGUCCUCCUCCAACCCGCCCUACGACCUGACGUCCUUCCGGUUCAGCCCCAUCAAGGAGUCCAUCGUGUCCCGCGAGAUGACCCGUCGCUACAUGACGGACAUGAUCACCUACGCCGACACCGACGUCGUCAUCGUGGGCGCCGGCUCCGCGGGGCUGUCCUGCGCGUACGAGCUCUCCAAGGACCCCGCCGUGAGCAUCGCCAUCGUGGAGCAGUCGGUGUCGCCGGGCGGCGGCGCGUGGCUGGGCGGGCAGCUGUUCUCGGCCAUGGUGGUGCGCAAGCCGGCGCACCUGUUCCUGGACGAGCUGGGCGUGGCGUACGACGAGGCCGAGGACUACGUGGUCAUCAAGCACGCCGCGCUCUUCACGUCCACGGUCAUGAGCCUGCUCCUGGCGCGCCCCAACGUGAAGCUGUUCAACGCCGUGGCCGUGGAGGACCUCAUCGUCAGGGGAGGGCGCGUCGGCGGCGUCGUCACCAACUGGGCGCUCGUGUCCAUGAACCACGACACGCAGUCCUGCAUGGACCCCAACGUCAUGGAGGCCAAGGUCGUGGUCAGCUCCUGCGGCCACGACGGGCCCUUCGGCGCCACCGGCGUCAAGAGGCUCCAGGACAUCGGCAUGAUCAGCGCCGUGCCGGGGAUGAAGGCGCUCGACAUGAACACCGCCGAGGACGAGAUCGUGCGCCUCACGCGCGAGGUCGUUCCCGGCAUGAUCGUCACCGGAAUGGAGGUCGCCGAGAUUGACGGCGCCCCCAGGAUGGGCCCGACGUUUGGCGCCAUGAUGAUCUCCGGCCAGAAGGCGGCGCACCUGGCGCUCAAGGCCCUGGGCAGGCCCAACGCCGUGGACGGGACCAUGUCGCCGCCGUUGCGCGAGGAGUUGAUGAUUGCGUACAAGGACGACGAGGUCGUGGACGCCUGAGUGCGGCAAGCAGAGAGGAGGAUCGACGCCAGCAGCGUCUUAUCUUAAUUGCCUUGUUGUUCAAUGAUGAAUCGAUCGAAUUCCCUUGGGUUAGCUUUAUUAUUGUUGUUGUUAUUAUUAAUUUGACUCGCUAUAGUGUGUCGUGUUCAUAGCACCACCACCGCGCCAUCGACAUGCCACACCUGUGCUCUGUCUGUCACGUCACGUGCGAGUCCUACUACGGG